UAAGAUAUAGUUUGCGUCAGAGAACUUCCUCCUCCUUCUAUGCAGCAGCUGUAAACUUUGCCGAGUCCUUAAACGUUCCCUAUACACACUUCAAGAUGGGUAGGGAGGACAAGGCAACGUGGAAGUCCAAUUAUUUUACAAAACUUGUUCAACUAUUGGAUGAUUAUCCAAAAUGUUUUAUUGUGGGUGCUGACAAUGUUGGCUCUAAACAAAUGCAACAAAUCCGUAUGUCUCUUCGUGGAAAUGCUGUUGUAUUAAUGGGAAAAAACACUAUGAUGAGGAAAGCUAUUCGCGGUCAUAUUGAACGUAAUGCUGCCCUUGAAAAACUUCUUCCACAUAUUCGUGGAAACGUUGGUUUUGUUUUUACACGUGGAGACUUAAUUGAAGUAAGAGAUAAACUAUUGGAAAACAAAGUCAGAGCACCAGCUAGAGCAGGUGCUAUUGCACCAUUAAGUGUAAUUAUCCCUGCACAAAACACUGGUCUUGGUCCUGAAAAAACAUCAUUCUUCCAAGCUUUGAGCAUUCCUACCAAGAUUUCUAAGGGUACUAUUGAAAUUAUUAAUGAUGUACAUAUUUUAAAACCAGGGGAUAAAGUAGGUGCAUCUGAAGCCACUCUUUUAAAUAUGUUGAACAUCUCUCCAUUUUCAUAUGGUUUACUUGUUGAACAAGUCUAUGAUUCAGGUACUAUUUUUGCACCUGAAAUUUUAGAUAUCAAACCAGAAGAUCUACGUGAAAAAUUUAUGGCUGGAGUGGCAAAUUUGGCUGCAGUAUGUUUAGCUAUUGGCUAUCCUACAAUAGCUAGUGCACCUCAUAGUAUUGCUAAUGGAUUCAAAAAUCUGUUGGCAAUUGCUGCUGUGACGGAUGUUGAAUUCGCAGAAGCAGCUACAAUUAAGGAAUAUAUCAAAGAUCCAAGUAAAUUUGCCGCUGCUGUUACUGUUUCUGCACCAACUGCUACUGCUGCUGCUGCAGAAGCACCAGCUGCAGAGAAGAAAGAAGAAAAGAAACAAGAAUCUGAAUCAGAAGAUGAAGAUAUGGGAUUCGGUUUAUUUGACUAAAAUACAGGUGUACAUACAUAUAUAUGUAUGUAUUAUUAUACAUAACUAAUCAUGUAUUUUAAUAAAUUAAAACUUCAAGAAAGAUUCAUAACAAA